AACAUAGCAUUACCGCUGCGUCCUCAUAUUUAGUCAACUGAACUAAUAGUUUUACUACAUUUGUCACAUCAGGAAUGUGCUUCUUUGUUAUUUUUGACUUUUCAACAAGCAUUUAAGAAAACGACUGUUUCUUUAUUUAGCCAGCGUUCCGGGCUAACGUGAGCAUUUGUCUGAAACAGAGGGCGCGUCGGCUGUAGCUGCUGAGCUAGGCCACAGACAGUGACGAUAAACGACAGCCUGAAGGAGGGAAACAGCGUUGUGGCCAAACCGCGCGUUUAAAUAGUUGAUUUAUUAGUCACAGGCGAGCGACUGGCAGCAAAAUGAGAGGUUCUUAUGGAGACAGAGACCGAGACCGAGGCCGUGACAGAGGCAGUCCUCGAUUUGGAUCCAGCAGAGGCGGCCCACCACCGGGUAAAAAGUUUGGGAAUCCAGGGGACCGUUUACGAAAGAAGAGAUGGGACCUGGAUGAGCUUCCUAAAUUUGAGAAGAACUUUUACACUGAACACCUGGAAGUGCAGCGGCUGAGCCAGUAUGAUCUUGAAGAGUAUCGCAGGAAGAAGGAAAUCACUGUUCGAGGUUCAGGCUGUCCAAAACCGAUCACUGGCUUCCAUCAGGCCCAGUUUCCCCAGUAUGUACUGGAUGUACUGAUGCAGCAGAAUUUCAAGGAGCCCACAGCCAUUCAGGCUCAAGGUUUCCCGCUGGCCCUCAGUGGGAGAGACAUGGUGGGCAUCGCUCAGACUGGUUCUGGGAAGACCUUAUCGUAUCUCCUGCCCGCCAUUGUGCACAUCAACCAUCAGCCCUACCUGGAGCGUGGAGAUGGACCCAUUUGCUUGGUGUUGGCCCCCACAAGAGAGCUGGCUCAGCAGGUUCAGCAGGUGGCCUACGACUACGGAAAGUCGUCCCGCAUUAAGAGCACCUGUGUGUACGGGGGCGCUCCCAAGGGACCUCAGAUCCGGGACCUGGAGAGAGGUGUUGAGAUCUGCAUCGCCACUCCGGGUCGUCUCAUUGACUUCCUUGAGGCUGGAAAAACCAACCUGCGGCGAUGCACGUACCUGGUGCUGGACGAAGCUGAUCGCAUGCUGGACAUGGGUUUUGAACCACAGAUUCGCAAAAUUGUGGAUCAGAUCAGGCCGGACAGACAGACCCUGAUGUGGAGCGCCACCUGGCCUAAAGAGGUUCGCCAGCUGGCAGAGGACUUCCUGAAGGACUAUGUCCAAAUCAACGUAGGAGCGCUAGAGCUCAGCGCCAACCACAACAUCCUGCAGAUUGUUGAUGUUUGUAUGGAGAAUGAAAAGGACAACAAGUUGAUCCAGCUAAUGGAGGAGAUUAUGGCUGAGAAAGAGAACAAGACUAUCAUCUUUGUGGAGACCAAGAAACGGUGUGACGACCUGACGCGCAGGAUGAGACGUGAUGGGUGGCCAGCGAUGUGUAUUCAUGGUGACAAGAGCCAGCCAGAGAGAGACUGGGUGUUGUCAGAGUUUCGUAGCGGCAAAGCUCCCAUCCUGAUUGCAACUGACGUGGCUUCACGUGGUUUGGACGUGGAGGAUGUCAAGUUUGUCAUCAAUUAUGACUAUCCCAACUCAUCAGAGGACUACAUCCAUCGUAUCGGCCGUACGGCCCGCAGCACUAACAAAGGCACUGCCUACACUUUCUUCACCCCUGGGAACCUCAGGCAGGCCCGAGAGCUGAUACGGGUGCUGGAGGAGGCCAGACAGGCCAUCAAUCCCAAACUGCUGCAGCUGGUGGACACCGGACGUGGAGGAGGCGGAGGAGGUGGCCGAUCCCGUUUCCGUGGCAACUCUAAUUCCAAUAAUCCCAACUUGAUGUACCAGGACGAGUGCGACAGGCGAAUGCGUUCUGUGGGCGGCAGCUCCAAGGACAGCCGUGGCAGCAGCAACUACGGCCGAGACGGCCGCGGAGGGAACAGCCGGGACGGCGACCGCUCCUCGUCCUCCUCCUCCUCUUACAAAGAUCGCAGCAGCCGGGACGGAGGACGCAGCUACGGCUCCAGCUCCAACUCCUACGACCAGUAUCAGAACAACAGCAGCAGCAGCAGCAGCAGCAGCAGCCAGUACAGCUCCUCCAGGGGCAGCUCCGGGUCGGGGGGCAGCGGGGCGGGACCAGCCCCGCCCCCGUCAUCCGGCCCCCAGCCUCUCAUGGCCCAGCAGUUCAGCCCUCCCCAGCCCAUGAUGGGCCUGAUGGGGCACUCGCCAUUCCAGUUCGCUGCUCCCCCACCACCUUCCCUAUCAGGCAGGAAGUGAAUCGGUCCGUGCAUCACUGUCUCACAGCACAACACACACAGUUCACAGAACGGGUCAGAGACGCGUUGGUUCUGCAACUUAUUUCUGAUUUCAACAUUCCAAUUGUUAACUUGCUCGGGUCGCCUCACAUCAGCGCGCUUCGUUUCUCCAAAACACUUUAGUUUGUUGAUGAAGUAGUCGACCUUCUGUGCUUUCGACUGUCUUUAAAGUCAAGUUAAUCUGCAGUUAUUUAGUUUCACGGGAGCUCGCUUGUGUCAUUUUGUCUUGGAGAAAAAAAAACCCUUUUUUGUACAGACAUGCCUUUGUAUUGUGAGCCUCUCUCUGUGAGCUGCUACAGAGGAUUUCUAGAGUAUCAGGUUUUCCCUUUAGGUGUAUCCAAGGUAGGUGCUGACGUUAAUUCUUGUACGUAAGCCUGUUUGUGUUGAGCUAUAUCUUUAUUUUUGUGUUUGUUAUCCUGACGUAUCUUGAGCAAAAACAAUAGUUUAACACAUUUUCUAUGAGCUUCAGCUUCGUUUCUCUGUGUAGAUAUGACUUUAGGCCUUACAGACUUGUGUAUUCACGGCAAGUCCCGUGCAUGUAAAUGAGCUUUUCCUUCUGAUUUGUAAGUUUGUAUGAACUAACGAGCCUCCUUAGACCCACCGUAGUUGUUUAGUUGCUCACCAGUUUGGUCCCGUCUGUGCAGCAGUGAGGACUGACAUUUCCUAGCUAACAGUAAGUCCCUUUUUACAGUUUGUUUUUCAUGUUUAAUAAAGCUCUUCGAUGUA